UCCCCGCCGAGAGCGCGGUGGCGGGUGUUUGCGUUGAAACGUGACUGGGACCCAGCCUUAAAGGGGAGGGGCGGGGAGGGGGGCCGGAACCCUUAAAACCGGGAGGCUGGUGCCUGCCCCUUUAAGGGCGGGGCGUCGGGGCGUCUGAAUCUGAGCUCGGGAUUACCCCGAGUUUCCGUCGCAGGCGGCGAGAGGCGGCUUCUUUCUAGGCUGGGUCCGGGUGCUUGGCGGCGGCGGCUUCCCCCCGCUCGUCCUCCCCGGGCCCGGAGGCACCCUGGCCCAGCCAUGCUGAGCAGAGUAUGGAAGCAGCUGACUACGAGGUGCUAUCCGUGCGGGAGCAGCUCUUCCACGAGAGGGUCCGCGAGUGCAUCAUCUCAACACUUCUGUUUGCGACACUCUACAUCCUCUGCCACGUUGCCCUGACCCGCUUCAAGAAGCCUGCUGAGUUCACCACAGUGGAUGACGAAGAUGCUACGGUCAACAAGAUUGCGCUUGAGCUCUGCACAUUUACCCUGGCGGUCGCCCUGGGUGCUGUCCUGCUCCUGCCCUUCUCCAUCAUCAGCAAUGAGGUGCUGCUCUCACUGCCUAGGAACUACUACAUCCAGUGGCUCAACGGCUCCCUCAUCCAUGGCCUCUGGAACCUUGUUUUUCUCUUCUCCAACUUGUCUCUCAUCUUUCUCAUGCCCUUUGCAUACUUCUUCACUGAGUCUGAGGGCUUCGCUGGCUCCAGAAAGGGUGUCCUGGGCCGAGUCUACGAGACUGUGGUGAUGCUGGUGCUCCUCACAUUGCUGGUGCUGGGCAUGGUGUGGGUGGCGUCAGCCAUUGUGGACAACAACAAGGCCAGCAGGGAGUCGCUCUAUGACUUCUGGGAGUACUAUCUUCCCUACCUCUACUCCUGUAUCUCCUUCCUUGGGGUCCUGCUGCUCCUGGUGUGCACUCCGCUAGGUCUCGCCCGCAUGUUCUCGGUCACUGGGAAGCUGCUGGUCAAGCCCCGGCUGCUGGAAGACCUGGAGGAGCAGCUGCACUGCUCAGACUUUGAGGAGGCAGCUUUGACCCGCAGGAUUUGCAAUCCCACCUCCUGCUGGCUGCCGCUGGACAUGGAGCUGCUACACAGACAGGUGCUGGCUCUGCAGACCCAGAGGGUCAUGCUGGAGAGGCGGCGGAAGGCUUCAGGUUGGCAGAGGAACCUGGGCUACCCCUUGGCCAUGCUGUGUUUGCUGGUGCUAACAGGUCUGUCUGUGCUCAUUGUGGCCAUUCACAUUCUGGAGCUGCUCAUCGACGAGGCAGCCAUGCCACGGGGCAUGCAGGGUGCCUCCCUGGGCCAGGCCUCCUUCUCAAAGCUGGGCUCCUUUGGUGCCGUCAUCCAGGUUAUACUCAUUUUCUACCUGAUGGUCUCCUCAGUCGUGGGGUUCUAUAGCUCUCCACUCUUCCGGGGCCUCCGGCCCAGACGACAGGACACAGCCAUGACACAGAUAAUUGGAAACUCUGUCUGUCUGCUGGUCCUAAGCUCAGCGCUUCCUGUCUUCUCUCGAACUCUGGGGCUCACUCGCUUUGACCUCCUGGGUGAUUUUGGACGCUUCAACUGGCUGGGCAAUUUCUACAUCGUGUUCCUCUACAAUGCAGCCUUCGCUGGCCUCACCACCCUCUGUCUGGUGAAAACCUUCACUGCAGCUGUGCGGGCAGAACUGAUCCGGGCCUUUGGGCUGGACAGACUGCCAUUGCCUGUCUCUGGUUUCCCCCGGGCGUCUAGGAAGACCCAGCACCAGUGAUCUCCAGCUGGAAGUGGGAGGAAGAAAACUGGACACUGCCAUCUGCUGCUCAGGCCUGGGGGGGCACCCAGGGAGGGUGGACUUCAGGACCUGGAAUCUGAGAAGGGUGGGUGGCAUAGGGGACCUGAGUCAUCUGCACUGUUGCAUAAUCUGAGCCAGAGUUUGGGACCAGGCCCCUCUGCUUUUCCAGAUUUAACUGGGCCUCAAUACUGCGGGGGAGUGAGGGGGGGCCCGGGGGACUGGGUAUAGCUCCUGGUCCCAAAUCCGUUUACACAUCAGUCUGCCUCACUGCUGUUCCGGGCCAUGCCUGUAGCCAUGUUUACAUGAUUUGAUGUGCAAUAGAGUGGGGUGGGGGCAGGGGAGGGACUGAGCUGGGGGCAGACUUGGAAGUGAACUGUCUCCCUGGCCUCUGGCCCAGAAGAGCCUAAGCACUGUGUUAUCCUGGAGGUGCUUUGAACCACUGGGGAGACAAGGGCACAGGGAGGAAGAACCACAACCGUCAGCAAUAAAGUUGACCCCAGGGUUUGUUUGGUUUUU